CCCGGAAAAAAUCAGAGAGACGAAGCUCAGAGGUGUUGUUGAGGUAUUGUUACUGUUAGUAAAUUAUUUGACUAAUAAUUUGAAUGUUUUUGAAAUACAGGUACUUAAGGUAGAACGAGCAACUUUGAAGCUGUUGUACUUUUCUAGAAGCAUCUUCUCCACCGUAUCGGAAAUGUAUGAAUAGAGGAAAACUGUUGCUCUAUAAUGUUAUUUUGUGCCAUCAUCUUCUAACACGUACAAGUUUGAAGCAUCAUUAUUUUACCCAUUGAAGUGAAUGUGUUUGUUAUGCUUCAAAACGUUUCUUUAAGGACGUGUGUGAAAAGCUAAGAUAUAUUUCUAAGACUGUGUUGUUCUGGAAAGCUCCUUCUCCAUCUUGCAAGUCCCCAUGUACUGCCUGACUAAUAUUGUCUUCCUUAUUGAAUCUUAAAGCCUGCCUUUAUUGAUUGAAAAUAUUUUAAUGGCGAAUCAGGUAGUCAUCAGAACAACAACAAGAACUCAAAACGUCUGAGAUAUAUCAGUGUUAUGAUUAUAAAUGAAUUUCAGUUUUUGAAUUGAAUCACACUGGGCUGCAUAAUGGCACUGUUUCCUUGCAGCAAGAAAGUCCUGGGUUCAAAUCCUGGCCCAGGGUCUUUCUGCAUGAAGCUUCCAUGUUCUCUCCCUGUGCAUGCGCUGGUUCUCUCCAGGUACUCUGGCUUCCUCCUACAGUCCAAAAACAUGACUGUUAGGUUGAUUGGUUGCCCUGCGAUGGAUGGACUGGCGAUUUGUCUAGGGUGCAACCCGCCUCUCGCCUGUUGACAGGCUGGAGAUAGGCAACAGCAUUUGUUGUGACCUCACUAGGGAUAUUGGAGAUAUACUACUUUACUGAGAUGCCCCUCUACGCUUUGUGCCUGAUGUUAUGGGCUUCUGUUUCCACAGUACACCAGAGACUUAACCCAGCAUGUCAUCCACACCAAAUCAAAGCCCAGCUUUCACUUGCUCUAGCGAACCUGCUGGUCUGUCAGCUAAACGUAAGAGAAUGAAACAUUUCUCCAAAAAGCAGUUGAACAGCUUACGGAGAGAUUGUCGAAUAAACAUUGGCGGGGCCUUUCAAAGUUGGCGCGACCUCAAAGAUUCACAUGGAUUCAGGUCUGAUGCAGAGGUGGCCUUGCAUCUUCUUAAUGAAACAGAGACAUUUCCUCCUGUGUCUGGACCUGCUCAAGCCGGCGACAUGAGGCUAAAGAUCUCCCAGUCAGAAGUGCAAGCUCUGAUAGAGCAGGAGGUCCAUAAAGCUGUGGCAAAUAAAGAAAGGCAGAUUGAGAGCAUUAUACAACACAUUCAAGACACAAAUGAUGAAGCCAGCUUCGUAACGUCCAUUCAGAGACUAGAGAAUCGAGUCGAUGCCAUAACGAGGAGAGCGGAGGUGGCUCUCUCCCACUUAGCAAGUAUUCAGAAACAGAGUUCUGCGGCCUCCACUGGUAACACUGACAUCCUCGGGAAAGGCCCAGAGUACGACCCUCUGGAAGCCUCGUCACGGAUAGACUCAAUCAGAACAAAUUGUGAAGCGAAAAGUGGGGAGCUUCUCAAAAUGAUGGACACAACAAGAAACGCACUGAAGAAUAUUCGUGCUGACAAUGAGGUGUUGACCACUGCCUUGGCGGAUUUGGAGGACCCUCCUCCUGUUCUGACUCCUCUGUGUUCUCCUGUUUCUAAGGAAAGAAAAGUGGGACAAAACAAUCAGUGGUCAAGUAAUGAAGAUUUAUGUGAGAGGCCGCCGCCACCGUGUCUUAGUCCCUGUGACUCUCCAGAACUUAAGAAGAUUGCCAGUAUAAAAACAGAGGCAACAGGUUCCCGCAACGAAGACCGCGAUAAUGAGAAUCAAGACCAUUUCGACGAGCCCAUGGCUAAACGGUUAAAAAAAGAAGCUUCCCCUCCUCGCCACAGUAGGAGUCCCGCAUCCAAUGAUUUGGAAGGCAUAGAGUCGAUGAACAAUGCGGAGGACAUGCUCAUGUGUCCGCCUCUUCCCAACAUCCCCUUCCCAGCCGUCCUGAAGAAGGAAGCAGCUUCGUACAAGAUGCCUCCGAGAGUAGACGUAAAUCUGGCCUUCAUCAGGAAUCCGACUCGAGUCUCCGUCCUCUGGAACGUGGAGGACAAAGACCCCAAUUUGCCACCGAUGGAAAGCUACACCAUCCUGCUGACGAUGGAGACCUCUAAAGGGAGCGGCGUCUUCCUCAAGUGGGAUACUUAUGAUAAACUGCAGGCCAAGCCUCUGCCCAUGUGCGCUCUGAUCAAUAAGUUCAAGCGUGGGCACAAGCUGUGUGCUGUUGUGGUGGGCAAAGACAUAUUUGGUCGCUACGGACCCUAUAGUAAAGUUGUUACGGCGAUCCUACCGGACUAAUUCAGAAGAGGAUGCAGGCAGGACGAUUUUGAAACCUAAAAGCUUUCAUUUGUUGCAGAACUAUUUGUAAGUAAAACAAUAUGCACUCAAAUGCCUGUAAAAUUAAUUAAACACUGUAGCCUUAGAAAGAGGUCUCUUAAAAGUUUUAGUCAGGUUCUAGUUUUUUUAAAAUAAUUGCAGGCAAUCAAGAUUUUAACAAAAUGUUGGAUUUUGUUUAUUUGCUAAUAAAGUUCACUUUUAAAUGUUACUUUUCAUCAGCUGUUACAUUUUUUCCAUUGUAAAGUCAAAACGAUUUAACAUAUUUUAACAUAAAUUUUGUUGAAUAAAAUCUUUGUUACAUUUUA